GUGUAGUUGUGUUGUAGGAAGGUUGUGUUCUACAGGAUUGUGAAAGCAUUCUUCACGAACAUUUUGUAUGAUAUAUUAAACUACAUAGUUAUAAGAUGGACGACUCUGUCAGCUGGUUGUCGCCUUCGGACUCCGGCCACACAUCUCUUGAGGACUCCUACAUUGUUGGUGUGCUAAUCGGAAGAGGAUCUUACUCAAUGGUACACAAAUGUCUGCACAAGGGGAAAACCGAGAGAGCUUGCAAAGUUUACAAAAAGGCUCAUCUAGAACCCAAAUCAGUUCCUUCCCAUAUCAGUACAAUAUUGAAACUGAACCACCCACAUUUAGCCUGUGUACACGAGGUGUUUGAGAUGCCCCACGAGCUGCAGGUAGUGGUAGACCUGAUGACGGGGGAAGAGCUGUUGGAGCGCAUCGAGCGCAGUGAGCACUACAGCGAGAAAGAUGCAUCUCGCGUCGUCUGCACCAUCCUCUCAGUACUACAGUACCUACACAGCCAACAGCUUCCCCAUGGCUCCGUCUAUCCAGAGAACCUCCUUUACGAGUCAGAGGCACCCAACGCAAAGCUCAAACUCUCGGAAAUAUCUAUACCAAAGAUGAGCCACUCUCCUACUACUUUGUCGAUAUACAUAGCUCCAGAAUUCAAUUGUGAAAUGUCAAAAUCCAAGCUAAGAUGUUCAGCAGAUAUUUGGAGUUUGGGAAUUCUCAUAUUUAUCAUGUUAUUCGGAGUGGAACCCACUGUAGAAGAACUGACAAGUCAAAUCCUUGGAGAAAAUGAAGACAACUGGCUAGAAAUAUCUGCAAGUGCAAGAGACUUGAUUGUCAAGCUGCUGCAGGAGGACCCAGCUCUGCGGUUGACUGCAGAAGAAGCUCUGCAGCAUACUUGGGUCUGCGGUUCUUCAGUAGCUACCAAACACUUGCCCGACGCACAAGAGAGACUGAAAAACUUCAACGCUCGCAGGAAACUCAGGGCAACAGCCCAUGCAAUCAUAGCAACACAGAGAGCCAUGAGUAUUGUCAAACCCUUCAAACAUUGCCAGGCGACCAGAUGAAACUCCAAGUAAUUUGGCUUGUGAUUCCAAAACAGCAUACUUUUAAACCUACCAGUAAAAAUUGGAUAAUUGGUGCAGUCUUAUGUGUUCGCUGUUUCUCAUUGAAGAAUCUCAUUUUAGUUACCUUCCUUAGAUAAGAGUGUCCAAAUGUUACUAGUUUUACCAUUUUUGUGCCAAUUCGUUGUAUAAACUAAGUUAUAAUUAAGUCUUUUUGUGAAAUUCGUGGAGAGAGAAGGAAGCUAUUGCAUUUCAUCCCUUACCAUAUCCUAAUACUGUAUCAAGAGAUUGUUUUACAGAGGUUUGUUGCAGAGUUUUGUCUCCUCUCUUUGUAAUACCUCCCUAAUCUUUUAUGACAAAUAUGGUUUAUUGGAUAACACUGAAAAAGAUCGAGAGAUUUAUUUGCUCUGUAGUAAUUUAAGCAAGCACAAUGAAAACACAAACUAUUUCAGUAGGAGCACAGAUUAAAGUAUGAUUCAAAUUUUUUCAUAACAAGGCUGACAAAAAAUCUUAGAUAUUCUGUACAACUCAUGUUAACUUAACACCUCUAAAAAUUAUUUUUGACCCAUUGCAGAUGUAUACCAAAUGCCUAUUAUGCUUGAUAUUGAGCAUAUCCUUAUAUACAAACAAUGGCAGUAUUCUCCAUAUCAGUUCUUAAUCCUAUUAAAAAUUCACUUUCCCAUUGUGAGCUAGUUGGCAAAUAUUGUUAUAGAUUCCUACUUUUAAUCAAUGGAAGGUCAACCAAUUAUGACAAUAAGCUAUUAGUAGGCUAUUAUAUUUUGUAUCUCGAUGAAGGUUUUUUUGUAAAGUAGUGUAGCCGAUGGAAGAAUGGUCUAUUAAAAUAAUUGAUACAGCUGAUUUAAAUGUUAGUUUAUUCUCGUCAAACAUUGCAUCAAAUACCAUCGGAAAUUGUUAUGUGUUCUUGUCUAGUGUGUACUUUUAAAGCCAAUCCAUGGGUCACUAAUUUUAUUGAACUAAAAAAAAAAUAUAUUUAGAUGAUAACCAAAUGAUUUGGUUUUAGUUUUUAAUCCACAUAAAUUUUACAGAUAUUCACCCAACUAUAAAACUCCGAGGGUUUUUAGGGGCUUAUUUCAUGCUACAUUUAACAAACCAUAAUAUUUCAUAAUUUAAUUUAAGUAAAAACUAUGCACAAAUAAUCAAUAAUCAGCAAUAAUAUCAAAAGAUAUUUGACAGUUAUUUUAAGUUGUUGAUUUUGGCCUCUCUUGUGUACUUUACAUUACAAAGACCAUGGGGCUGUAAACUUGGCAAAAUAAAAAUAAAACAACAAAUGUUAACUUAAGUAUUAUGACACUAAUGGAUGAUGGUAACUUGUAGGCAAAAUUAAAUCUAUCAAGAAAAACUUUGAUAUUUUGUAUGUGGUACUUUUUCAACGGUACUAUUUAAGUACUGUAGGUGUGUAGUGUGUUGUUCAUUGACACUUUCUUCUUCUCCUUAAUGAUCUGAGAUAUAUAAUAUUCUAGGUGUCUAUAACUAUAAUAGGUCACACACACCUUUUAUAUUUAUCAUUCUUAUGGAUCAGCAAAAGACAGUUUAUGUUUAUGGACAAGAUACGUUUGAAUCCAUUAACGCUCGAGAGUGUUAAUGUCUUCCUUCCUAUAAUUUGUAAGUUAUUUUACUAAUUUUCAAAAUUUAAAAACAAAUAGAAUUAUAUAUACUUACAUGCUACUGUUUCCCCUCUUAUUUUAACCAAAGACCAAAGCUUGCCUUUUAAAAUUGCCCUAGGAACACACACAUUUUAAAAAUCCUUCAUUAAAACACUAAAACAUUACUGGACAUAAAACAUCUACUAAAACAAGAAACUGAUUUUAGAAUGUGCAUAACCUAGUUCCCUUCCGAGAAUAUCGUAUUUAAGAUUGUAUUAUCAUUGACUAUUGAAAGGUACUGUAUUAUAUUGUGAUUACAUUCCUUUACAUGCAUAGUAACAACGGAGAUCAUUAAAAUCUAAAUAUAUUUGUAUACUUUUAUAAAUGUCUAUAUAUUAACUAUUAGUUUAUUUUUUACUAAGAUUCCUAAUUUUGUAUACGAUUUAUUGUCUGAUUAUGAUUUCCUUAGAUAAAUUUAGGUUUAUUAUGAUAGGUGUUUAUAUAACUUUCUUAUUAUAAGUUUCCUAGCGUGUUAACUUUGUAUUUAUUAAUAAAAUUUAGUUGUUUUGUAAUUUGUUUAAUUCGGGUUUAUUUAUAUUUUCAACCAAAACAUAUCUCAAGAAGGGUCUGACUUAGGGGAGGUACGAAUGAGGCAUUAGUUCAAAAUUCCUUUCCUCCGUGAACAGCGCUGUAGUAGAGAGUACUUUGGCAAAGAAGGUUUACUAAUCGCAAAAAUAGUUCUGUUCAUAAAAUAAAAUUAUAAAUGCCUCAAAUUCAAUUUUAUUAUUUUUUAAUUAUAAAAUUAAACUAUCAUAACCUAACCAAAC